CACCGAAAUCGUCGCAUCUGAGAUCGAUCCAGAGAUGGAAGAGGAGACGAAGAUCAAGGCUGAGGAGGAGGAGGAGGAGGAGGAGGACGACGACGAAGCGGCGGCAUUGGCCUUCGAUGACGAUGCUUCGUCGCCGGUGGUGGAAGAGGUGACGCAUGGACGAGGUUCACUGAAUGAGAAGCAUUUGCUGGAGAAUCGAUGGACGUUUUGGUUCGAUAAUCCAUCUGGGAAAUCAAGGCAGGUGGCGUGGGGUAGCACCAUUCGCCCUAUUCACACCUUCUCCACUGUUGAGGAUUUCUGGGGUGUGUACAACAAUGUGCGUCGCCCAAGCAAGCUGGUUGUGGGAGCAGACUUUCAUUGUUUCAAAUAUGGCAUAGAGCCCAAAUGGGAGGAUCCAACCUGUGCCCGUGGAGGAAAAUGGACCAUAAGCUGCCCUAAGGGAAAAGCUGAUAGCUGGUGGCUGUACACAUUGCUGGCAAUGAUUGGAGAGCAGUUUGAGUAUGGUGAUUAUAUAUGCGGAGUAGUAGUUAAUGUACGAGCGAAACAGGAAAAGAUUUCUUUAUGGACACAAAAUGGUUCAGAUGAAGUUGCUCAGGCAAGCAUUGGCAAACAGUGGAAGGAGUUCCUUGACUACAAGGAAAACAUUGGUUUUAUUCUUCAUGAUGAUGCAAAGAAGCAUGAUAGGGUUUUUGCGAAAGAGUCGAUAUCAGGUUUUCACCUCAUAGAAGCUAACAAGUGA